CAUCAGUCUACCUAUUGACAUAUUCUCUCAUCCUACUAUGCUUUCAGCCUGUCCAGUUAACCACGAGCCAUUGGCUUUAUCCAAGCUUAAGGAUUCCUAUCCUACUGAUGCGGAUUUCUUCGUCAUACGUCGUCGAGAAGGGCAAACAGCCCGAUAAGGAUGGCUUUGUUGUCCAGGUCUCCGCUACGGACACCGAUUUGACACUACUUCGCAGCAAUGUCGCCAGACGCUCUUCCGAAAUCGAUACUAUCCCUGACGCAGUUGCAUUUGAGGACAGCGAAGGGAAUGCAGUUGUUUCUGUUGACCAAGUCCAGCGCAACAGGGUGAUUUAUCUUGCCCAGCCAAUAUCUGGUCGAGAAGUGACAUAUGUCCCAGGCUCUCCAGUUGUUGGGAUUGCAUUGAUGAUCAUGGACGACAUGCGUGGGCGGUACGUCGACAUUUUCGACAAGUACGAUGACACCUUCUCAUUCCACAUGUUUGGAACAAAGGGAAUCAUUACCAGAGAUCCCUGAUGUGACGAACGUGAUGAUUGACGACGGUGAAUACUUUGAAAAGUCGAUGCGCUUUCCAUGGUCUGAACUGCAUGAGCUGUCUGGAAAUGGGCUAUUCACCUCGUCCAUCAGGACCAUCCGGGACUGGAAAUUGGCACACCGCUUAGCUUGUUCCUGCAUUCUCCGCCAGCGCCAAUGAGGCUUGCAUGGGUCACAGAUGAUGGAGAAUCUCUGAGCAAGGCCUGCAAAUGGCUCGACAGCCGUAUUGGCAAGCCAUUUCGAUAUGGUGGAUUUUACUACUAGUAUCACAUUCCAGAUGAUCGGUAAUAUCGGAUUCUCUUACGACUUCAAUCCUACUUGACCCAGCUGGCACUGGUCAGCACUCGUUCACUGAGGGCAUGGACUAUUGUCUUCAGCAGAUGAACGUUCGGUUUUUCCGUACGUCGCUCUGGAAAUAUUUGCCCAUCGCUGCCAACCGCAUGUUCGCUGAGCACAUACGCAAUAUGAAGGCCAC